ACUUUUACAAAACUGGAGAUGAUACGUUGGCACGCAUAUCAUUAUCAUUUAUCACACGAGCUCUGCUUUGCCCUAACCGGAAUUUACAGUUUUUUAUCUGGAAUGGGGAAGAAGAAAGGAGAAGAAAACCCUAAAUCUGACGAGCCCAAAGAGGGCCGCAAUUUGCUCGGCAAGCCGAAGUUCAAGAAGCUGGAAAACGGCCGCUUCAAAUGCGUGGAGACCGGCCAUGAACUGCCUGCCCACGCCAGAGACGCCUACGCCGAAUCCAAGCACUGUCGGCUUGGCCUCAUCGACGCCGCCCUGGCCCGAAGCAAGCCGCCGCUCAACAUGUUUCGACAGGACCCCGCUUCCAGUUCCAAACUAGAGUGCAAAUUGACUGGGCUUACGAUUAAUAAAUCGGAGGAGCAUAUAUGGAAGCAUAUGAAUGGGAAGCGGUUUCUCAACAUGCUAGAGAAAUUUGAGUCUGAGAAAGAAACUCCAAGUGGGGUGGAGGGAAAGCCGGAUGAGGAGAAAAAGAAAAUGAAGAAUGAAGAUGGGAGUUUGAAGAAUGAGAAGAAGAAGAAGAAGAAGAAUAAGAAUAAGAAGGAGGAGAAGAAAAAUGUUGAUGAAAUUGUAAAUGAAGUGAGGGAUUCUGCAGGCAAGAGUAGUGAUACGGAAGAUGAAGCUGAGUUUUGGAUGCCCCCUGAGGGAGAACGAUGGGACCACGAUGAUGGCGGCGAUAGAUGGAGCGAUGGUUCAGAGUCAGCACCAGAGGAAGAUGAAGAUGAUGGUCGAGAAGGUAUGUCUAUUUUGUCGGUGUUUUUUGUUAAUAAUGUGAAGUGUUUUGGAUUUGAUCGAGUAGUUUUUAUAAUAGAAAUUUCCCAAUUGUUAGCAUCUUUACCCUCAGAAUCAAGAGUUUGUUGCAAUUCUUCAUAUGAAAAUGGCUAAUGCUGAAGAAAUUUGAAGCUUAGCUAUCUCUACUACUGAUUGGAGAGAAGGAGAAGAAGAAAUUUGAAGCUUAGCUAUCUCUACUACUGAUUGGAGAGAAGGAGAGGAAGUUGACUCUCCUAAUGCUAUUCGAAAAUUGUGUUAUGAUGAUUUAUUUUUUUGCUUUAUUUAUAUAUGAACAAUUGUUUUAUUAUGUUUUCACUUUCAAAUCAUGUGACAGCCAAAAAAAAAUGAUAUGAAAUGUAUACACUAUGUUGGAUAUAAACAACGCAACCUUGAAAUUUCAUUUGAUUCAGUAGUUGUAGUAGUAUAUAUUUGCAGCGUACAGUAUCUGAAAUCUUGGAUUUCCAACUUGUAAUGUUUUUUUUUUUGUCAGAUGGAGGAGAUGAAGAGGCUGAGCACGAUGCUACAGUGCUAUCCAAUGGGUAUGUUAAACACUUUGAUCUAUUCUUUCCAAAACCUUUUUAUGCUGGAACUUGAAAUACGAAAGCAGCUUGAUGACGGGCAGUGAACCCAAUGGCUUGACCUUGAUUUUCCUUUUGUCUAGAUCUAUCUUUCCUCCCUGCUUAAUCCAUACGUGUUGGUUGUCUUCUCCUCGUGCAGGACCAAGCGAAUGUCUCUAGAAACUGAACCUUGCAUUGCCCCAGAGACGAAGAAAAGGAAGACGAAAACUUGCUAGCGAUAGAGUGCCGAAGAGAUUGUUCAGUUUUCAAAGAACGCAGAAGGGGGAUCUUCCUCAUUGUGUGUAACAUUUUUGUUUAUCAAUUUUCUUUCCUUAAAAAAAAAAAAUACAAUCAAUCUUGAAAAGCUUAUAGUCAUAGCUUUGUUCUUUUCAAGUAUAAGUUUUUUUUAGCCUAUUUUCAAGUAUAAGUUAUGAAUGAGCAAUACCUUUGAAUUGAUAGAUAUGUUCGGUAAUUCGGGAUGAAAA